GCUGGUUCGUUUGUCUCAUGCGAUCUUUGCACGUUCGAACAACAGUUCUAUCUUAUCUACCUUGAGUCCAAUGGCAGGCAUCCAUGCAGGGCUCUACGAGGAGCUGCGUAAGCUGGAGCGCAUCCACCUGAAGAAACAGGUCGUGACAGUGUGGUACGUGAAGAACCAGAUCCAAUUGCUGGAACAACGCACCGCGCAACUGGACCCGACGCCCACCGAGGCCGAGGACGCCGCCGCGUUCUUUCUCCAAUAUGCGCCAUUACUCGUGAAACUCAUUUUGGCGAAACGUCAAGUCCAGAUCGCGAUGCUUCGAUGGAUUGCCAACUUGAAUAGUGUGCUUGGGAUGUAUCCACUUCGGGCACUGUCCUCGGCCAUCGUCGCGGGGGUUCUGCAGUCAUCCCACAGCCUCCGCCGGCAGUUCGUCAUGCAAACGCUCAUCCACGCCACACGCUUCGACACCCAAACGAUCCUCAAGGAGAUGGACCGCCGAGACAUGACCGACCGCGCUGUUCGAGUGGAGAUGCAUCGAUACAUGUCGACGAUAUUGAAGGACUGGUCGCAUUACGACAUGCAGUACCAAGCCCCUCCUCCUUGCCUGCUGCCUCCGACUUCUCCAUUCCCAUCACUACCUUCUGAAUCCACAACUUGCUGUCCAAGUCCACCUUAAGACGUAUUGUACUAGUGUUCCCAUAACUCAAUUAAUUCCUCUGUUAACUUGCGAUACAAAAGUCUUGGUGAACUUGACAAGGGUACAUAGUUUUCACCCACUUACUCAUACGUAUCCUUGGGAGAUGCGGGAACAGGACACAAACACAUCACUAUGAAGAAUGAAAGGUCCUUGACUCCUUCAAAUCAUGGUGUGCCAUUGUCGAGGGGACGCAUGCAUCUUGAUUCAAGUUGUCGCGUGCGAGUCAACCAGGAACUCAAUCUGCCACUUCCAC